AUUCCGUGGCGUAGUAAAAUAUUAGACGGGAUCUAACCUCUUGACGAAGAGGUUUCCACGCUCAUUUUGUAGUUAAACGCUAUGCAGUCCGCGACGCGGUUUUGUUUAAAACGAUGCUACUCUGAUCGGUAGCGAACGCUCGGUGACAGUUUUAUCGCCUGAAUGGAGUUAUAUCUGUGUAACGUAUGUGAAUUUCGACCACUUUCAACGAAGCAGAAUUGCGACUGUAACGUUCGUCUUGAAAAACAUAACCGACCAAAAGAAUUGUUAAUGUUGAAAUUACGCCAAAGAAGAAAAUUUGUAUGGUGCUCGAAAAGUAUUAACGACCUAUAUCGAAAUAUUGAUCUCAGGAUUCUUGACCAUUUGAAUUACUUAAUGGAUUUGUGCCUUAAAUUUUUAGUAGCAAGUGACCUUAGUCCUACAGAUAGAGGAACGAAAAUUGGUUACAAGUGCCUCAAUAGCCGAAAUAGAUAAAUCGAUUCGUAAUAUGUGUUGAAACAUGAACAAUGGUUGUUUGUACCGUUAUAAAUCAUUAAGAUCGUUUCAAUGCUCUAUUUGAAGUUAUUAAAGUGCUUUCCUUCUAAAUAAGAGCAUUUAACUGGUGCUAUACAAUUCCUUCAGUCAUAUUGUGAUAAUACGAUUCAAAGAUCUCGAUUCUAAUUGAGACGUCACGCGACGUUUGAAUGAUAUUCCAUAAUUUCCAAAGUUACUGUUUCGUAGCAAGAGAUACGCGAAUGAGAAGUUGAACGUUGACAAUUGUUUUUGAUAUUAUUAGUGUUUUUGACAAGUAACGAAUUCAGAUUCCGAAGAAUAAUUUCCGAGGAGUCGACGACCGUCGUGGAGAAGAAUAGACGGUGACCUCAUGCUUUACUUAAGCCGUUGUGACCGACAACGAGACAAUUGGAUCUUGGUUCGGGUCAUCAGCUUCAUCAUUUGGUAGAAAAAAGGCCCGUGGCCUAUCGAAAACUUCGGCAAAAUCGCUCGUUUAGCAGAGAUCGUAGCAAUAACAGCGUUUAAUUAAAUAUCUGUUUAUGCUUACCAAUUUUUCGACAAGAAAGUAUACGCUCUCGUACCUGUUAAGUUAUAAGAAUCAUAAAUAAUUUCAAUCAUUUUUUGGUAUAAAAAGGAUAUAUAAUCUGUCGUUACUUAUUGAUACAUAAAACGAAAGAAAUGUCUUAGAAAUAAAUGGUACUGUUAUUCUUGUAAAAUAAAAAGUGCAAAUUAGAAACUCUUAAAACAAAACUAAAUGAUAUAUGGGAGUAUACCUUUAUACUGGAGUGAUAUUUUUACUAUUAAGGAAGAUAUAAUUCUAAAAAGAAUCAUUGUCAGACAACUUUGAUAAUCUUCAAGAUUUUAGUCGUCAAAAGAUAUUCUGAUCCAAAUCUAAAUAUCAAAUCGAAUAGUCGUCUAACCGUCUGUAUCGAUAAACAUCUUUGUCUUCGAAGGGAGAGCGUGGUUUAUUUAUAAGUCUAUCAAUUAGACUCGUCCUCGAAAGGCAUUAGAGUCGAUAAGCUACUCGUUCUCUUCGCUAUUCUCACAAUAUAAGCUCGUUCUGCAAUCGCCACGAUUCAAGCUUGUUAUUUUUAAGAAAGAGCAUUUUGUAUUAAAAUUACAUUGAACGAUUUCGCGUUCAUGCACUUGAAAAAGACUGAUGAUAACAGACUUCACCAACGAUUGUUUUGACCGUUGUAUGUAUUUGCCCAGUGAAUGACACUUUUUGGCUUGGCUAUUAAAGCAGAAAAGUGAUCAAAAUGACGACUAUGGGAGUUACUGUAUUUUGCAAUAGGGUACAAAUAAAUGGAAACGAUCAAGAACAACUAAUGUUGUUAAGAACGUUGCAAGAUAACGAAAGUAACAUAAUCGGCAAUCAACCUCAUCUGAUAGUCCCCAAAAAUAAUAAUAAUACUAACGCAACUGCUUCUGCAACCGUGUUGCCGCCCUACGAUCCCUCUAGAUUGAAGAAACACGGAAAAAACGGACAGCCGCCGCCAGUUGCGGUUGCACGAAGAAAUGCACGCGAGAGGAAUCGGGUUAAACAGGUGAACAAUGGAUUCGCAACUUUGAGACAACACAUUCCGAGUCACAUCGCUGCAGGUUAUGGUGAUAGAGGCAAGAAAUUGUCGAAAGUAGAAACGCUGCGAAUGGCCGUGGAGUACAUUAGGGGACUUCAAAGGUUGCUCGCCGAAGCUGAUGGGGUUGAAUACGAUUCGAAUGUUGGUGCUACGCAGUGUAUGCCUUCGCCCACCAGCAGCGUUGUUUCAUCGAGUCACAACGGUUCUGGGGAGAGACUCGUCUUGGAAGACGAUGUCCUUGCUGCCGAAGACGAUGAUGGCGAACAGCUAGAUGAAGACGAAGAAAUUGGGAAACAGAAAACUACAUCCAAAUUGUCACCAAAUCGAACUGCAGUUACAUCGCCCCGUGAUUACUACUCAUCCUCGAUAGGGGAUGAAGAGAACCUCGAACCAAGGACUCUAUCAAAUACGCAGAAUUUUUCCCGACUCUCGCCUAAUUCGGUAGCAUCUCCACCUUCGGAAUAUUAUGGGCAAAAUGAAGAGAACCUCGAGCCUCAAAUUCUAUCGCCGUAUAGUGGCGCCGGGGAUAGCGAAGAGGGUGCAGCCACCGUUUAUGCGGCAAGUCCGGAAACCUUUUCUGGAGCUCUGUAUUAUAAGCAGGAGAUCACCGAAUCCGGUGAAUUCAUGGACGUCGUAAGCUGGUGGGAACAAGAGCAGGGUAGGCUAGUACAUCAGCAACAUAAUCAACGCCUCACACACGUGUAAUAGGAAGGUCUCUUAGAAAAUCUUAGACACACAACUCGUUUGAGUGAUCUCACGAAGAGUUGCUUCGGAACCAAAUUCCAAUCGAUUUUAACGUGGCAGUAAGAAUAACGACAAAACCUGUACUUACCGCACAAAGUACUUCCGCAAAGACACCACUGCCUAUGAUGUCUUUCCGCCUCGGUUUUAUCUUUUUUAUUUGAUAAUACAUAUAGAAUAUGCGUGACCCAAUUCGAUAGCAAAACUUCUCUCGCUCGAGUGCCUUAAUACAACUGUUUCAAAUAUGAGCAAAGUGAUUUCUGCAUUAAUUAAAGUAAUUCCUUAAAAUCGUAAUAUGUGUGUUUGAAUUACGAGGAAAGAUUGACAAAUUUAUAAAAAUUUUUAUAAAUUUAAGUAUAAGUAAAUAAGUUUUUUAACGACCAUAAUGAAUAUUAAAAUUUUUUUAAAAAUUCUGUAUAUCUAAGGACAUACCUAAAUACUGUGCAGAGGUAAGAAAUUGACUAGCGGAAGAAAUUUUUGUUACUACUAUAUUUCUAAACUGCGGAUGUUUAUGCAAAUUUGGAAGAAUAGAAUGUUUCACCUUCUGAGUGUUAUAUGAAAUAUCAUUCUUUUGGUAUUUUGCAUUCUUAGAUUUCCCGUAAAUACAUAAACAUCCCGAUUCUACAUACUUCAAAUCAAAUAAUAUGUGACAUCGCGUGACGAAGAGGAGAAGUAGGACUUUUUUUAGAUCAAAUAAGAUACAAACUUCAGAGUAUUGUAUGGAUCCAAAGUAAUUACCGUUAAUACAAGGUAAAGAACAAAUCAACAAGGUGGAACAUAAUUAUCCCUAUCUAUCUCUGUGCUGUUGAAAAUAAAAUAAUGAGAUUUUCGAAUGUACUUUAUUUUGCCUGUGUGCCAUUUCACUAACCAUCUUCUCAUUUCUGCAUAGUACUUGCAUUUAUACAUUUUGUUGCCUUUCGACGUGAUUCAGAUAUAAAGAUACAGCUGACGAAAAUUUAUAUCUUAUUUAUAAAACAACUGUAUGUAUAUUAAAUUUCAAAUUUCUAAAAUAUUGCAUAAGUACACGUUCUAUGGUUUGCAUAAGACAUAAUAGUUAUAUAUAUAUAUAUGAUAUUUUAACAAAUUUUUAAUUAUGCUUUUCUCGUCACUCAAUACCAACAAAUAUACGAUACCAUCUAAGAUCUCGCAAGCAAAAAAUUUACGUAUUUGUAAACAAACAACAAAAAUAACAAAGAAAUAACAAAGAAAUUUCUGUUUCUUCCUUCAUUUUUUGCCAUUUAAUAAGAUUUUAAGAUAUCUACGAACAAGAAAUUUUGUAAAUAUCGUAAAAUAUAAAUGGUAAUGAAUUAGUUUUAACAAACACUGUUGUCUAUGUUAUUUAUACAGGCUAAUUAUGAAAUCGUGGUACAAUUGAAACGAAGAUGACUUCUCAUGUAAAAGGAUGUCAUAAAUAUAAGUUAAUAUUUUUUCAUAUAAAGUUUCAUUUUCGAGAAAAUCAAAUUUGAAUUUCGUUAAAUACGGUUCCACUUUACUACUAGAUGCAGUCUGUUUCGUUUACUCAAUCGGACUACUCGUCACCAAUCAUGUUUACGUUAACAAACAAUAUCAGACAUUCAAAAAUUAAUAAACAGCAAUAUCUUUUUUACUUCAUUUACAUUUUCCAUCCUGAUAGUCAAUUUUGGCUAUAAGUAAAAAUCGAACAAUUUAAAAAAAGAUGAUGUUUUAAAAUAUUAAAGUAAAUAAAUUAUUAAUUCUCGCUGUUCAUUAUUCUCUACAGUCCUAUUAACUUCUGACUGAUUUGAUAUUAUUCUGUAAACGGAAUAUAGUGACAAGAAGCAAAAUUGAGCGAACGAAACAAGAUGGAGCAGGUGUAGGUACUUAGCGAACGUUCGAAUGCGGAAAAUGAAAAAUAUGAAAUUUUAUUUUAUUGUCAAGUUAAUUCUGCGUGGGAAGCCAACUUCCGGUUAUGAUUAUACUACGAUUUUACGAACAUUCUGUAUAUGCGAAACAUAUUCUUGUUAAAUAAACAUAUUUUUAGAGAAGUACUGAAACUUCAACAACAGGAUAUUACAGUAAAUUUGAGAUAUGAUUCACAAACGAGAGGCGAUACUUUUAUUACUCACAAAAUAAAAAUUCUUAUUAAAGCUGAUUUAUUACCACCAAACUUUCACGCAAUGUUAGGCAAAGCAAUAAAUUUUCCGAAAAGGUGAUGUAGUUUCACGUCCAGGAUGUUAUGUUUGACCUCGUACUAGUAUUAUGCGAAUUAUCAUUAGACUAAAGACAAUAUAAGAAUGAAAAGCGAAACAGUAAAAUCGAAUAAUGUGUAAAUACGGAAGUGCCUUAAAUGAAAUUGAGGGGAAUUGUAUUAAACUAUUUUUUCUACUUUAUACUUUUUAACGAGUAUUUAAGAAACGUUUUACUAUUUAUAUUUACAACGUUGUCCACUCAUUAGGAAUUAAUUAUAAUACAUAAGGCAAUACGCUUCGAAAAAGAAAAAAAAAAUGUAAUUUCGCGUGCCAAAAAUGGAAAAUGUUUCUCCCACGAUAUUAUUUAAUUACUAUUAAGUCUUGGUCAGUAUCUGUUAUGUUAAGAAAAUGGAAAAUUUAAACGAAUUAUUAUACAAAUUAUACUGGUUUUUGAUCGUUCGGUAUUAGGAGUACAUAAGAGGAAACGCAUCAAUUAAAUCAAAAUUGCAUAUUUUUAUAAAACCUGACUUCGAGUUUACGAUCGGAUCCAUUGUAAUUAGUUUAUUCUUAUACAAGAAUGUUACGUGAGUUACAAAAUCAUUGGAAUAAUUACAGUAAAAGUAUUGAAUAUAUGAAAAAUUAAUUUGAAAUUUUUAUAGUUACAUAUAUUCAGAUAAUAAAGAUUAUAUUUAAAUGAAAUUUGGAAAUAUUAUAUCUAUUAUAUAAAUAUUAAUAUCGAUAUACAAUAUUUAUGUAACAUUUACCAUAGAAAUUUAUUCAAUUAAUAUAUUAUUAAUUAUUAUUAGUUGAAAUUUCGUUGAUAUAAAAUUCGCAUUUGAUACCGAAUGUGUUACUUUUUCAUGAUUAUCGUUGCUAGAUACAUAAAAUCAUAUACCAAAGCUCAUGAAAGUACUUUUCUAGAAACUUUUUAUACAAAACAUUUAGAAAUUUCAUAAAAAUUUUACUAAUAUAAUCACGGUAGUUGUACUGUAUUAGAGUACUAACUAAAUUUCAAAAAGUACGUAAUAUAUUCAUAAAAAAAUUCUAUGGUAAGUGUUCGAAUAUUUCUAUGAGACGCUAAGUAGUAAAAAAUUUACCAAUGAAAUUUUAGUAUCCUACCAGGUCCAUUAACAUAUUUUAUUAUAGGACAAUAAGAUAAUUCAAUCGUUUAUUAAAAGCUGGAACCGUAUUAUAUUCGAACAUAUAUUCGAAUGUCUUUGUAAUUCACUAUGUAUCAUAAACUUUUUUUUGUAUACUAUAUGUAUGUAUUUCAUUGACACAUUUUUCACUAUUAUGAAAAAUAUCGAUUUGUUGUAAAUUCUCCAUUAGCCUAAAGUACUUGUUUAUUUCUAUUAAUUUAAUUAAAUGCGAACUUAAGUUAAUAACGAUGUAGCAAUUUCUCCCAACUUAAUUAUAAAACGCACAGUACGUACGUCCAAUUAUAUAGAAGGGAGGAAGUUUGCACAGAAGUCUUAAAUUAUUUUGCGUUCGUGCGACACAAUAAAAAAAUCUUUGUAAAUACAAGUGCCUUAAAUAUAACUACAGUGGUAGGAAUUUUACUUGUAAGCUGUCUUCGAUAUGAUGAAAAGCUGGGAUUUUCGGUCGAGUUAGUUCCACGCAUAUAAAUUCAUAUAAAAAUGUAAAGAUAUUAUAAUAGAAUAAUUUUUAUACAAUAAGAUUUGACAAUACAAAAAGAUUUUUGCUCUCAAUUCCAAUCAACGACUGUCCUGCGUAUCAUGUUUUUUAUUAUUAUGAGCGCAAUAUUCUGUAUUGAGUGGCUUAUUUUCACUUCAUUGCGUGUAUCAGAAAAAUUAUAAUGUAAAGUGUAUGUAUCCUGAUGUUGGACCUGUAGGACAGUGGAGCAAGAAAAGAAUUUUUAAAACAGAAAAAUUCCGUAUUUUCCACACAAUAUAUACUGAAGCUUGCACUUUUUCUAUUUUACUGCUACUGUCACUCAGUCCAAUCUAUGUAAAUAUUCCCAGAACACAUUUGAUCACAUUCACGUUCUUGGGUGAUUGACCAUCUGAUCAUACAUGUUUCUUUCGUAGUCUAAUUUCAAGUAAUCGGUAUCUUCCUCGCAUUUUUAUCAUUCGAAACUCAGCCACUCGCUAUAAACAUUUAUAUUAAAUUCUCAGUCCCGUACCGUAAGGAUUUUUUAAUUUGUAUCUCCUGUAACAGUUUUUAUGAAAUAUUUAAAAUACAUUUUAUUAUUUAUACAA